AUGGACUCAGAUUUAUUACCCGAACUACAGAUAUGCUCGAAGUCAAAGUGCAAAAAUGUUCUCCCUCAUGAUAGUACCUGGAAAACAUGUGAGAGGUGCCGAGAGUAUGACAAAAUCAAUGCAGCUGCUCGGAGGAAGAGAAAAAGAGAGGCCCAACCCGAAGAGCCGAGGCCUGCCCCACCCCCUCCACUGGCACCUAUGGCACCAACUGUGGUAGCUAGAACAGCUGGAAACAAUGCAGAACAUCCAAUAGCUGUGGAAAGUGACUCUUCAGAGGGAAUCCAUAGUCGAAGCUACAAAGAUAGUCAAAGUCUCUUCAUGGAGCUCCGAAGAGCUUUUAAGACUUCGAAGGUCAUUUCCUUCUAUGGACACUAUACCGUGCUUGUAGAUCCACUCAUGAAUGAACGAGAACAAGUCAAAAUGACUGCUUUUGAAAUUUGGAAGAUUACUGGAUACAGAUUUAAAGUGAAGGAUCACUUCAUUCAUAACAAGACUCGAUUCUGGUGCUGUCAAGACGUCUCACGGAAGCAGAAGGCCCGUCCAAGUCAAAAAGAAGGUGUCAAACACCGUGAUACAGUGGGGAUGAAAUGUUUCGACUGUUACAGCACUCUUGUUGUGUCAUGUUGCCAACACACCCCUGACGAUAUUGAUCAGCGGACCUUGUCCAUCCAUAUCGAGCAUCACGACUCACACACGCCAUACUUUGACAUCACAAUGCCAGCGGAGGCAACAGAAAUCAUCUGCAAUAACCUCGAGUGGAGUAUACCGAGCACAUUGGUACCAAGGAUUCAGGGACUCUUCUCGAACAUCACAUCCAAACAAGUUCAUUCUGCUUGGUCGUGCAUGAGCCAAAUCCUGUGGAAGAAGGACGAAAAUCAACUCACAUCUGCAAAAUUAUUGCUUGACGAGCUCGCAGGGGAUAAAGUAGAUAACACGAACUCAAAGCACCUUGAACUAUAUAGUGUCCUUGGCGAGUUUGAUAAUGCUGGGUUCCCACUGUCGUACUGCCUGUUAUCCACUGCAACGUCAAUUGAGAUUGGAAAAUGCACCACUGCACUGCGGAAGUGGGCACAGUGUCUUCGAGACAAGUAUGGUGUUGUCCCUGCCUUCGUUCAUGUUGACAAGGACAUGGCGGAGAUCAGCAUGUCGAAAAAGCGCUUAUCAAAAUCCAAACUUACCACAACACCUUAUAAAGCAGCACGGGCACACAAGGAAUUCUCGUUCAUAGACGUCAACUUCAGGCCAUCAGGGACAUCUGAUCCAAACGAGCAUGAGGGAGGCAUGCUUAUUCAACCAGACAAAACACAGGAUGACACACCUGUUCCAACACUGGCAUUCCAUAUCCCAAAUCCAUCUCAAUUUCCAAGUCAGCCACUCCCAGACUCAUAUCACAACAUCAAUGAUCGCAAGGACAUACCCACAGGUUUGAAAAUUAUCAUCAAAAUACCUAAACAGGAACCUCAAUCGGGAGAUAUUGAACGAUCACGACACACCUUUUGUUCAUCAGAAUUUCGUGAACACGUCAUUGAAAUGAUGGAACGGCACUUCUGCGCACAUCCACUUAUCCCCGGAUACUCACACCCAAGCGCUGCAGGAAUAAGGCAGUGGGCAGUGCGCCAGAUGUACACAUUUUGCCGGGAGCACGACCUCUGUGAACUGUGGGCCUACCUUUGGGAGAACUGGUACAAAAAGGGCCGUUUUGAGCUAUGGGCACGUUCAGCGGGUGACAAGAUACCUCAACUAAAAACGACGAUGAUCAUGGAGAGCCACUGGCGGCACAUCAAAAUUGACUACCUCACGCACUUCUCGAAGCCACGAGUUGAUCUACUGAUCUGGAUCCUUGUCGUCAAACUCGCACCAACAUACUAUAAAAAGAUUGACCACCUACUCAAUGAUUUUGGCCGAUUUCAGGAGUUGUCGUCGUGGUGA